CCCUGGCGGGCGGCCGCGGGGCGGCGCGGCCCGGUGCGAUGGGCGACAUCUCGGAGCGGACCCUGCAGCUGGCCGUGCUGCUGUCCUUCGCCUCGGGGGUCCUGGUGGGCUGGCAGGCCAACCGCCUCCGCAGGCGAUACCUCGACUGGAGGAAGCGCCGGCUGCAGGACAAGCUGGCCGUCAUGCAGAAGAAGCUCGAUCUGUCCUGACCUGGGGAGCCUUGCAGCUCGGAGCCCUGCGGCUCGGGUGACUUGCAGCUCGGGCCCUUGCAACUCGAGGCCUUGCAGCUCGGGAGCCCUGCAGCAGCUCGGGAGCCCUGCAGCAGCUCGGGAGCCUUGCAGCUCGGAGCUCGGCAGCGCGGGAGACUUGCAGCUUGGAGCUCGGCAGCUCGGGCCCUUGCAGCUCGAAGCCUUGCAGCUCGGAGCCCUGCAGUUCGAAGCUUGCAGCUCGGAGGUUUGCAGCUCGGGCCCUUGCAGCUCGGGCCCUUGCAGCUCGAAGCCUUGCAGCUCGGAAGCUGGCAGCUCGAAGCCUUGCAGCUCGGAAGUUUGCAGCUCGAAGCUUGCAACUCGAAGCUUGCAGCUCGAAGCCUUGCAGCUCGGAGCCCUGCAGUCCAAAGCUUGCAGCUCGAAGCUCGCAGCUCGGUCCCUUGCAGCUCGGUCCCAUGCAGCUCGGUCCCUUGCAGCUCGGCCCCGGUUCCAGGGCUCCCCGGCCAAGCCCCGCGUGUCGAAGAUGGGUGCCGAACAGAGAACGGAACGACGUCCGGAUGCUGUAGGAAUUAUUUAAAGAAUAAAUAUUUUUGGAACAAUCGAA